UCAUUCUUUAAAUGUUUGAGCUUCAUAUCUAUAGGUAUUAAUAUGAUCUUUGAAAUGCAGAUAUAACAAUCCACGUAGAGACUUCCCUUUCUGAAGACACUUAGCAUCUACUUUGGACAAUGUUCAAUGAAUGAAGUCAUUGUUAUUCUAAGACUAAGAUUUACACGCAGAAGGCAUGUUCCUAUUCAUCUUCAGUGCCUUUACAAUAGGCUGAAAUUCUUGUUUGGGGAGAACGUUACAGGAGUGUGCCCACGCUGAAUGCUGACAUGUUGAGGGCACAGAUAGGGGCGGAUCUCACUACACCUCAGCACACAACAGAUCUGCGGGAUUACAAACCCACACGUGCGUUUAAAUAGAGAGGGCAGAUAUCUGAGGACGGACCUGCGCCGCGGGGAUGUUUAACCACAGCUCUAGAGCUGGAGGAGAAUCGGCGUCGCCAGAAAUGCCCAGCGGUGCGCAUCCGUGCGUCUGUCAGAGAGGAACCGGAGACCGAACGAGCGCGCUCUGACUGGAGAUCUCAGUUUGGAUCAUGGCAGUGUCAUCUCUCCACGCGCUUGUCUCCAGAAGACCUCUGGAUCUUAUCUCUGUUUUAAACUCUCUGUGGAGUUUGUGACCCUCAAACCUGGAUCUUCGGAAAGUUGCCUCGCUGUCGGCGUGUUUUUUGGACCCUUUUUGUCGUUAUAAUGUUGAGCUGAUUGUCCACCGCGCGCGCUCGCCGAAGGUUUCGGGAUCGACUCCCUCAUGACACCCACGUCCCCCUCUCUCUGGACCAUUUCUACAGGCUUUGGAUAUUCGAUUUAUUCAUUUUUUCUCUCUCUCCCCAUGCGUCUGGAGCGAAUUUAGGAUGCUGUGUCUGUCUCCUCCAGUAACCUACAACCUGUUAUUCUGGUUUUUAAUUCUCCAAACGCCACAUUUAACUGCACCUUUAAUCACCGGUACGGAGGCUAGCUGUGAAAACGAGGGAGAAGUGUUGCACAUCCCCAACAUCACAGACAACCCCUGCAUCUCCUGCGUCUGUCUGAAUCAGAAAGCAGACUGUAAGCAGGAGAAGUGUUCUCCGCUGGCAGAGGACUGUGCGCUGGUGGUCAAGCAGACAGGAGCCUGCUGUGAAAGAUGCAAAGGUUGUCAGCUAAAAGGGACGUCCUACAACAGUUCCCAUCACUGGAUCAGCCCUGUGAAACCCUGUGUCACAUACAGCUGUCAGGAAGGUGUCAUCACUGAAGCAGAAAUGAGGUGUGUCAUUCACUGUAAGAAUCCCAAAAUCCAUCCAAAGAAAUGCUGCCCGACUUGCCCAGGGUGUAUUUUCGAGGGGAAUUUAUAUAAAGAAGAUGAAGAAUUUCAUCCAGACGGGAAUCCCUGUAUUAAAUGCAUCUGCACUGGAGGGCAAAGCAUGUGUCAUAAAGUGGUGUGUCCUGUUCUGUCCUGCCCAUCUCACCUCACCCACACUCCACCUGGCCAGUGCUGUCCUAGAUGUCAUGGUCAGAGGAGGGUGUUUGACUUGUCGCCUGGCAGCUGUCUGUUCCACAGUGAGGUCUAUGAGAACGGUACGUCCAUCAGCAAUGACAGCUGCACCACCUGCACAUGUGUGGACUCUACGGUGCUGUGCAGGAAGAGAUGCUCACCGCCUGGCAGCUGUCACGGCAGUGCGUGCUGUGAAGAGUGCCAGUCUCAUCUGAAGAUGGAAGAUGUGAAGUACUGCAGGGUGAAGAGCAAAAUCUAUAGGGAUGGUGACAGGUGGUCGUCUGCUAACUGUUCUCUGUGCACCUGUGUUAAGGGGAAUAUUGAAUGUCAGCCCAAGAUUUGUGUUCCUGUUACCAGCUGUCCCUCGAACAAGAUAUUGAAUCGAACUGGAUGCUGUCCUGUUUGCACUGAUAAGCCAGGUGUGUGUACCGUAUUUGGAGACCCUCACUAUAACACUUUUGACGGCCGCACCUUUAACUUCCAGGGCACGUGUAAAUACGUGCUCACUAAGGACUGCUCCCCAGCGGGCAGUUUCACGGUGCUGGUGAAGAACGAUGCCCGUCGCACACGCUCCUUCUCGUGGACCAAAUCAGUGGAGCUGCACACAUCAGGCCUGAGCAUCAGCCUCCACCAACACCUGACCGUCCGUCAAAACGGCACACGCAUUGCUCUUCCCUUCCAUAGCACAGGGGUCCACAUUGACCUGGAUGGAUACCUGCUCAAACUCACCACCAUCGCAGGACUGGAGAUCACAUGGGACGGGGACAGUCUGGUGGAGGUGGUCGCAGCACCCCAUCUGAAGGGGCAGCUCUGUGGGCUGUGUGGAAACUACAACGGUCAAAGGCGGGAUGACUCUCUAGGAGGAGACGGCCAGAUUAAGUUUGACGUGGAUGAAUUCGCUGAGUCUUGGCGUGUGGAGGACAAUGAGGUGUGUCAGGCACCGAACCGCAGGCCCACGUCCUUCCUCUGUCCCGGCACAGUCAAAGUAAAGCUGCGUGCACACAGAACGUGCCAAAAACUCAAGUCCUGGGAGUUUCAGAAGUGCCAUUCUGCUGUAGACUUUACCUCUUUCUACAAGUCAUGUGUAACAGACAUGUGUGAGUGUCCAGUGCAUAAAAACUGUUACUGCGAGUCGUUUAUAGCUUACAGUCGAGCGUGUGAGAGAGAGGGCAUCCGAGUGCACUGGAGACCGGAGCUCACCUGCAUGAGCACACACUGCAAAAAUGGUGCAGUUUAUGACACAUGUGGACCUGGCUGCACUAAAACCUGCAAUAACUGGAAUGAAAUCGGACCCUGCCAAAGGCCCUGUGUCGCUGGCUGCCACUGUCCGGCCAGCCUGGUCCUAUUUGAGGGCCACUGCAUUAAAUCGACAUCCUGCCCUGUGCGAUGACCCACAGGACUAUAAACGCAGAGGGCUGCAAGAGAUUCAAACUCAGAGGCAUAAAGAGCACUGUGUAUGCAAGUACAAUACUCAGAUACUCAGAGACACUUUGCCCUGCUUCCCAGGAUCUCUCAAGAUGCUUGCUCUAUGUGGAUUUCUCAUAAGUGGCAGAUACCAAAUCCUAAGUGCCUUACUGAAGUCUGGAAUGAACUCAGUGUUUCCAAACAAAAAGGACCUGAACUGGACAUUCUGAGUUAAGUGUGGGGUAUGCGGCAUACAUAAACUAUAGUAUUAUUCAUUUAUUGGGGCAGCCAGUAUUUAAUACACAAUUUUUUGACCGAAAGGGAAACUAUUUAUGUAUUUGUUGUUUAUUUUGUAAGUCGGGGACUCAGAUGUGACUGUUAUAGCAUUAAAGAGAAGUGUACUGUAUUUGUCCAGCCAAGAGUUCAUACACUGAUGUAUGUGUGUUAUUCUAACUGUACAUUUCACUUGACCCAUUAAGAUACUAUAUAUUACCAGUAUAAAGCUUAUAUACUUUCAAAGAAAAAACAUUUUAGGUUUUCUCAUCAGGAAGUGCAGUGUGAUGUUUGUGUACACAACUCAGGUUCGGAGAUGUCUUGUGUUGAUUCAGGACUGGGUACAUAGAAUGACUUUGCACCUAUGGUAGAGGAGCUCCCCCCAAAAAAUAAAAAUAAAUAAGUGUUAUAUAGAUUGUGGUGAGAAUUUGGCUACUCACAGUAUGUAAAAAUGGACUUGUAGGGCCUGUAAAUUAAAAAAACUUUUAAAAUACUAACCUGAGUGUUAAUAGUGUGGAGUUUUCAAGUCCUGUAGUUCAGUCGUGAUUAUACAAGUGUUAUUGUUUGAGCUACAUUAAAUCUGACUAAACACACAUGGGCACAACCCUAAACUAAAACAUUCUUUCCACAACUUUGAAAAGACAUCUGAGAGAAUGAGCUUUAUCAAUCAAUGUAAUGCAGUGGUUGACUCACGAACAUUUGUUUUUGUUUUCAACAAAGAUUUUGUUAAAAUUUAUGUUUGUAUAGUUCUUGGUUAUAGAUGCUAUAACUGAUUACCACCAGUUUUUACCUUUUUCCAAUUAUAUUGGCACCCUUGGUAAAUAUAAACAAAAUGGGUUGUGAAUUAUUUAAUUCAAUUAAAAUUUCACAAAAAUCAAACCUCUACUUUAAAUAAA